AAACCUCUCGCGAUGGAACCCAAGUCACACCUUCCUACGCAUUUAGGCGUGGAGUCAAUCGCUUACAAGCGGAUGGAUUGGACACGAUGGUUUAUUGUACCCCGGAUGUAUGUUGCCGCGCAAUUGGUUUCCCGCCUUUGGCAUCCAGGCUGAAUCUACUAACGUAUGGGUCAAGGUUUAUCAUAACUCUCAGUGCUUAUUCCUUCGUUCCCCAGUAUAAUCGAAUCCGGUCGCACGGAAACUGCGAUGGCAUCACCAGUUACUACAUCCUGUUCAGCCUAAUUGUAGCAACAGAACAGUUUGCGCGCAUGUUUGCUUUCAUCGUCGCUAUUGAUGACAGGGAACAAUGUCUCAUAGAAGCGCCAUCAAAAGCCCAUGAUAGAUUGAACCUCGCCCAGUGCACAGUUCUCUGGCUCUGCAACUUAUUUCUGUUUGGGCUAUACCUCUUCUAUUCUUCCGUGGGACCUGUUUCCAAGAUUUCCAUGGUCUUGAUUUAUGUCGCUUUUCUUUCUAGCUCUGUUGGUCCCUUCAUGUGGCUGACUACACUUCCCCCAAGUCGCUCACGAGACUUCUACAAAAGUCAACCCUGGCGCAUGUGCAUACUAAAGUUUAUGCAUGGCGCAAUUUAUAACCCCAUCUUCACUACAAUGAGCAUCUUUGGGCUGCUCGUUCAGCUACUACACACCCGAUCCCGCUCUGAUCUUGGCGCGCUGAGUAUUGUUGGUCUGAGGACGCAAGCUGUCGUAUUUUGGAUUCUAAGCAUUCUAUGGAGAUUUUUCUUUCGGUUGUCCCCAGUUGCCGGAACAGUUGAGUGGGGUCCUGUAUUUCAGAGUGUGUCUGUGGCCGCGACGUAUUUUGCUGGCUGGUAUAGGUUGAUUGGUUGGACCGCUACGAAUAGCUUGGUGUUUGCUGUCGGGCAGGGAUUAAUAUCGUUAGCUGCGACUGGCAAUAUUUGAGGACGACUGUGCCGGGAUGUUGUUCCUGGAUUUGGAAUACCCUGUGGUAAAGUUGAUGCAAGUCCGGAUCCAGCUGCAAAACUUGGUUGAGUUGGAUACGGAACAAAAAACAAUAUGAUCAUGCCGCCAUGCCUCAGUCAAGC